GAAAUAUCGAACGCCUAAAAUUUUUCUUUCCGACAGAAGUCUACUAUUGAAGCAUCAAGUAUGUUAAAUUCCUCUAAAUAUCUGUCUUAAUCGCUUUUAAUUUUCAAUUUAAACAAAAAAUAGGAGAAUGUUGAUGCCAAAAAAGAAUCGUGUUGCAAUUUAUGAGUACCUUUUUAAAGAAGGUGUUAUGGUUGCAAAAAAAGAUUAUCAUGCACCAAAACAUCCAGAAUUGGAAUGUAUUCCAAAUCUUCAAGUUAUUAAGGCUAUGCAGUCUUUGAAAUCUAAAGGAUAUGUCAAAGAACAGUUUGCUUGGAGACAUUUUUACUGGUAUUUAACAAAUGAAGGCAUUGAAUAUUUGCGUGGAUACUUACAUUUACCACCCGAAAUAGUACCUUCCACACUUAAAAGGCAAAGCAGAUCAGAAACUUCAAGGCCAAGACCUACGACAGGUGCAAGAAGUGAAGCAUCUAGACCCACAGAAGAUCGUGCUGGAUAUAGACGAGGUCCUGGAGGGCCAGCUGGUCCUGGUGAUAAAAAAGCUGAUGUUGGUGCCGGUACUGGUGAUGUUGAAUUCCGUGGUGGUUUCGGUCGUGGUAAACCACAAUAAUAUUUUAAUGUAAAAUAAAUAAACAUUUCGUAAUA